AUGGCACACCUUCCGAACGAAAUAUGGUUCCAGGUCGUUGGAUACAUCAACAGCCCGAAUACCACUUCCGAGUGCGAUGAUCCCGAGGUUUGCUGUGACGACAACGACUGUUCCAACACCGCACAGCAAGAUCUUAUCAACCUGUGUCUUGUGUCAGAGCAGAUUCGGGCGAUUGCUCAGCCGCUGCUAUACAGCGGUUUUGUCAAGCCAAAAACCGUCAGCGCUCAGUUUCGACUGCUCAAGCCAGACUCUGAGUGGUUGCACAAGUACUAUCAGCGCGACCAACGUAGUUUUCGCGCUGCUCGGAAGGAAACGAGACUUGAACGAUUCUUGCGUACGCUGAUCAGUCGCCCGGAUCUCGCUGUUGAAGUCAAAGAUCUACGCCUCAACAAGAUCUACGAGGCCAGCUUGCUUCCAAGCUGCCUCCGACAGCUAUAUCAGAAACUACCAUUGCCAUCAACCACGAGCAGCAUGUUUGUGGAUGCGCUGAAGAGAUAUCGAGGGUUUGAUCGUCUAGACAUCAGCUUCAGAAGAUCGUGGGAGAAGAGUCUACAAGAUGGUGAGGAGGGAGCAGAGAUCGCACUCUUGUUAACUCUUGUGCCUACUGUACUCGAGGUGCACCUCGAACCAGACCAACCUUCUGUUGGCUACUUCGUCCAAACAUUGUGCAACACCAUUCUCGACCCUAUACCUCAGCCUUACGUCCUCAAAACUGCAUGCGGAAUGCUGUCGAAAGAACCUGCCGAGUCACACUCGCUAAUACGACAGCCUACUCCGAUUCUUUCCUUCCUCACCACCCUCACUGUGAAGUCUCCCGCAAUGUUCCCGGUCGACUUGAGAAGCUGUGUGAGUCUCCUGUCACUGCCUACCCUCACAGCAUUCACUGGAGAAUUUUUGGUUGGAAACCUUUUUCACAACGAACCAACCCAAUUCUCGGAAAUCCCGUCAAACAACCUCCGUCAUCUGCAGCUUGAGCACUGUAAGAUCGGUUGGCGUGGUCUUGAGGCCUUUCUUGGCACAUUCAAAGCACUGCAAACACUCGAAAUCGAUACCAGCUUUGCCUUUAAUCCCGAACAUGAAAUCCCAAUCGUCAGAGCCGGAUUCCUCAAUGCUCUACAAGGAAUGUCAGGUACGCUCGCGCGUCUGGUGUUGAUGAUGCCUGAGUACGCCAACGAAGUGUUCUUGGACCUACGUACGUUUGCGAAGUUGCGCUAUCUCGAGAUUGAUCUGGACCUCUUGACCCAUGAUGGCGACCCGCCAUAUCUUCAUGAGCUGUUACCACCAGGUAUCCAAUCACUCAUCAUACGAAGGAUAGUGUUCCACAUACUGCCGCACCUGAACACACUUCUUAGUACAUUCAAAGAUGUGCCAGAGUUCUGCGAUCUCUCUGUCGUAAAGGUCUACACCAUGGAGGAAGAAGAUUCAUGCGAGCUGCAAGAAGAUUUAUUCCUGAUAAGUGAACGGGCUGGACUAUACCAUCUCGAUUUCAACGUUGAGGAGGAGCCUGUAGAAAACAGCUGGUGGUGGUGGUGGGGGUCUCCUCCUGGCUCUGACGUGGGCUCAGAAGUUGUAUCAAAUGGCGCUGUAUCGGAUGAUGACCAGGAUUCUGAUGAUGAUGAUGAAUGA